CGGCGCGCACUCUCGGACUCCUUCCCUCGCAAGCCUUGCCCCAUUCCCGCCCACACCUCCUCCCGCCGCCGCCUCUACCGCCUCCGGCGGCGAAAUGCCGGUCUACAGCAUUCGCGGCGUCGAUGUCGACUUCCCCUUCGAUGCCUAUGACUGCCAGAUCACCUACAUGGAUCGCGUCAUCGAGUCCCUGCAACAGGGGAAGAACGCGCUGCUGGAGAGCCCGACGGGGACGGGGAAGACGCUGUGCCUGCUGUGCGCCUCGCUCGCGUGGCGCCGCACCUUCGGCGAGUUCCUGCGGGGCGGUCGCGGCGGCGGCCGCGGCGGCGGAGGGAGCCAGCAGCUGCACUACGGGAGCCAGCCGCUCGGGAGCCAGCAGUCGGGGGACUCCGAGUCUCAGCAGCAGCACUCGGGGUACCCCGCGUCUCAGCAGCAGCACUCGGGGUACCCCGUGAUCAUAUACGCCUCCCGGACGCACAGCCAGCUCCGGCAGGUCAUCAAGGAGCUCAAGGCCACCAGUUACAGGCCGAAAAUGGCAGUGCUGGGCUCCCGCGAGCAGAUGUGCAUCCACAGCGAAGUGAGCAAACUCCGUGGAAGAGCACAGAACAAUGCCUGCCACUUCCUCUGCAAGAAACGCCGGUGCCAGCAUAAUAAUGUUGUCGCUGAGUUCAUGAAAAACAAACCUGAGCUUGGGAGCAAGCCUUUUGACAUUGAAGAUUUGGUUAAUAUUGGGAAAGGGAAACCUAACGGCCCAUGCCCAUAUUACAUCUCCCGGGAACUUUCGAAGUCAGUUGACAUCUUGUUUGCUCCAUACAACUAUCUUAUUGAUCCGGGAAACCGUCGUUCCUUAAAUAGCAUACCAUGGGACAAUGCGGUACUUAUAUUUGACGAAGCACACAACUUGGAGAGUAUAUGCGCAGAUGCAGCCUCUUUUGACUUACAUCCAAAUAACUUAACUGCUUGUGUGGCAGAAGCUCAUGAAUGCAUCAAACUGUGUUCAGCAAAGAGGUCCAUUGAAAAUUCUGCUGAUAAACAAUUUGACCCUGAAAAUUAUGCAAUCCUCAAAGCUCUCUUAAUGGCACUUGAGAAAAAAAUUGGUGAGUUGGUAAUUGAAUCCAAGGAGUUGGGUUACACAAAAGCUGGGAGUUACAUAUACGAUUUUCUCUCUGAACUGAAUAUCACAUCAGACACAUCCAAAAAACUAAUUGAGACAAUUGAUUGUGCUUCACUACUCCUAGAGGAAGGAAAUUCCGCUGAAACUGGACCAGGGGUCCAAGCAAAGACCACAGUGUCUAGAUUGGAGUCGAUUAGGGAAAUUUUAGACAUAAUUUUUAGGGGUGGUGGUCAAGACCAUGCAAAAUAUUAUCGAUUUCAUGUGAACGAAUUUCAGCAAACAUCUGGAGACGCAUUGAAAGUUCUGGGUAAAUCCUCAAGAACCCUUAGUUGGUGGUGUUUCAACCCAGGGCUCGCAAUGGAAGAAUUUCUCAAGUUGGGUGUUCGCUCUAUUAUAUUAACUUCUGGCACUUUAUCCCCCCUGGAUUCACUAGCCAUGGAACUAAACCUUGAAUUCCCAGUUAGACUAGAGAAUCCUCAUGUCAUUUCCCCAGAUCAAAUCUGGGUUGGAGUUGUGCCUGUGGGCCCUUCUGGACAUGCACUUAAUUCUUCUUAUCGCACGCGUGAGACUAUACAAUAUAAACAAGAAUUGGGUAAUGCUAUAGUAAACUUCGCACGCAUUGUGCCAGACGGACUCCUUGUUUUCUUCCCUUCAUAUUCUAUGAUGGAUAAGUGCAUCGAAUUCUGGAAAAAUAGGAACCAUUCAAGUUCAGCAGCUGAGAACACGAUAUGGCAGCGAAUCUGUAAGCACAAGCAGCCAGUUAUAGAGCCUAGGCAGUCAUCAAACUUUCCAAAUGCAAUUGAGGAUUAUGCAGCGAAAUUAAAUGAUUCUUCUACUUCUGGGGCAAUAUUUUUUGCAGUUUGUCGUGGCAAAGUUAGUGAGGGUCUUGAUUUUGCUGACCGUGCUGGGAGGGCAGUAAUAGUUACUGGAAUGCCCUUUGCUACCCCAACUGAUCCUAAGGUUCGGCUGAAGCGUGAGUAUUUGGAUAAGCAGGGCGCAGCAUCUAAUAAUAACACAAAGAUGUUGACAGGACAGGAAUGGUAUACACAACAAGCAGCAAGGGCUGUGAAUCAGGCUGUUGGACGUGUUAUCAGACAUCGCCAUGACUAUGGAGCUAUUAUCUAUUGUGACGAAAGGUUUGCGUGGUCAAAUUAUCAAUCUCAGAUGUCGUAUUGGCUCCGACCUUAUAUAAAGUGCUACUCAAAGUAUGGGGAAGUAGUCCAAGGAUUGACCCGUUUUUUUCGAGAUAAAGCUACUUCAGAUCCUUUAAAGCUAAAACAAACAGAUUGUAAUGAUUGUAUAGCACCAGUUACAAACAAAUGCAUGCCUCAAGAGAAUCUAUCAGAUUUGGCUGCCAGGGCACAAAAUGAGUGCCCACAAAUUACAUUAUCAGUAAGUUCGACCACGAAGAGGAGUAACUUUAUGAAGUUGGCUCAGAUCACUCCUGCCAAUCGUUCUACCCUUACUACAAAGCACAACUCUACAUCGAUGUCGCAGCUCUUCUCUGAAGACCAACUGUCACAGGAUACUAAGGUUGUUAAUAUGACUGAUGAUGUGGCAGUACAUGGGCAUCUGAAGGAACAUACCUUCAAACCUUUAGGGCUUAAAAAGGCUAAACUAAUGGAUAGAUCCAAAGAUGCUGUUGGCUCGGAUGACAUCUCUGCCAAAUCACCUCAAAAUAUUGAGUCAAGAACUUUGGCCAGAUACCAGGGUGAAGGAUCUACACCUCAAUCAAAGAAAUGUACCACAGAAAAAGCAUGUGGAAAGAAUGAGGGUAUCUGUGAAAAAUCUGAAGGCCAGGAAUCUAACUCAGGGACAGCCUUCUUGAGGCUGGCUCGAGAAAAGCUUAGUGGCGCAGAGUACAAAGAGUUUGUUGAAUUUAUGAAGGCCUUAAAAUUGAAAACUAUGCAUAUCAAAGACUCACUUGAAGCAAUAGCAAAGCUUUUCUCCUCUCCAGGAAGACUUCCACUUCUUGAAGGGUUCAGGGUUUUUGUUCCAAAGAACCAUCUUCCAUUAUACGAGCAGCUUGUUCAAAAAUAUAGUGUUUGCAGUGCAUGAUGACAACCUUUUCUCUUGUAUAAAGGCACUUCUGUUGUUUAUGCAUCAUAUUUUUAUUAGUGAUAACUGCAGGGCUGGUUGUACUUUGACACAUAACUAUUUGUCAACAGAACAUGCUCACAUUCUUGAGAUGCAUGCAAUUAUUUUUAGAAUGUGAUAUGGCAGUUCUGGAAUCCGAGGAAAAAAAAGCACAUGCCAAAAUCCACUUUAAGCUUGUUAAGCACAUAAGAAGAGGAUCCAUGGACCUUUUUCAAAUAUAAUGGGAAUUCAGGCUUCCUA